CUAAGCCACGCCUCAUUAAAUGUACUUGGCUCCUCGGCGCGCGCGUGGGUCCUAUGGAUCGCAUGUGUGAGGAGAGUCCCUCAGAGAACUCUAGCAAUGAAGAAGAAGACCUUGACUCCACGAAGGCAGCACCCCGGAUUCGUGAUACCCCAGAAGACAUCGUGCUGGAAGCCCCAGCCAGUGGCCUGGCGUUCCAUCCCACCCGAGAUCUGCUGGCAGCAGGGGACGUAGACGGGGACGUGUUCGUCUUCUCAUACUCUUGUCAGGAGGGCGAAACCAAGGAACUCUGGUCCUCAGGACACCACCUCAAGUCCUGCAGAGCUGUGGGCUUCUCAGAGGAUGGGCAGAAACUUGUCACUGUCUCUAAGGACAAAGCAAUCCACGUAUUAGAUGUCGAACGAGGACAGUUGGAAAGACGAAUUUCCAAGGCUCACAGUGCCCCCAUUAACAGUCUUCUGCUUGUGGAUGAGAAUGUCCUAGUCACUGGGGAUGACACAGGUGGUAUCCGGCUCUGGGACCAGCGGAAAGAGGGCCCUCUCAUGGAUAUGCGGCAGCAUGAGGAGUACAUUGCUGACAUGGCUCUAGACCCAGCCAAAAAGCUGCUGCUGACAGCCAGUGGGGAUGGCUGCCUUGGUGUCUUCAACAUCAAGAGACGCCGAUUUGAGUUACUCUCAGAGCCUCAGUCAGGCGACCUAACCUCCGUCACCCUCAUGAAAUAUGGGAAGAAGGUGGCCUGUGGAUCUAGUGAAGGUACCAUCUACCUCUUCAAUUGGAAUGGUUUUGGGGCCACAAGUGACCGCUUUGCCCUGAGGGCAGAGUCCAUUGACUGCAUGGUUCCAGUCACCGAGAACCUGCUGUGCACCGGCUCCACUGAUGGAACCAUCAGGGCUGUGAAUAUCUUGCCAAACCGAGUGGUAGGCACCGUGGGCCAGCACGCUGGGGAGCCUGUGGAGGAGCUAGCCCUGUCCCAUUGCGGCCAAUUUUUGGCCAGUAGUGGCCAUGACCAGCGACUCAAAUUUUGGAACAUGACUCAGCUGCGGACUGUGGUUGUGGACGACUAUCGGCGACGCAAGAAAAAGGGAGGACCGCUUCGUGCCUUGAGCAGUAAGGCCUGGAGCACUGAUGACUUCUUUGCUGGGCUGAGAGAAGAUGGGGAGGAUGCCAAGGCUUCAGAGGAGGUGGCAAAGGACAGCAAUGACGACAGUGACUGAGGGCACGAGGACAAUGUCAGGACAGGGAGCCGUGUUUUCUGGGACAGCCCUGAAGAGAUUUGUGUUUUGAUGCUGUAGACUGAACCUACAAUCUUGAGUAUAAGCUUAGCUCUGCCACUGAGUGACACCCCAAGUCCCCAAAUAGGAGUUCCCAAUACUCUGUUGUAUGAACUCAUGGCCCCGAAGUGGGAAAGCAUUUGCUCACCCUACUGUUGUUUUUUUUUUUUUUUUGGUUUUUCGAGACAGGGUUUCUCUGUGGUUUUGGAGCCUGUCCUGGAACUAGCUCUUGUAGACCAGGCUGGUCUCGAACUCACAGAGAUCCGCCUGCCUCUGCCUCCCAAGUGCUGGGAUUAAAGGCGCGCGCCACCACCGCCCAGCUUCACCCUACUGUUGUUAAACAAAUUCUAUUAUAGCAAGACAGCACAGACAGACAUGUGUAUAC